AUGGCCAAAAGCUUAAGAAGGAUUUGCCCCUGUUUAAAUUCGACUCCGAGGAGGAACUCAGAUGACAAAGUAUCUAUAAUUUCUCAUGUCGGAGAUAGUCGUUAUCCUGUCUUCACAGCGCUGUAUGAUUUCUGGGCUAGAACGAGCGAUGAACUCUCUUUCAAAACUGGGGAGGAAUUCGAAAUCAUUAACUAUGACAAUUACUCCGACAGACCUUGGUUGCUUGCCAGAAAACGGAAUUGUGAAAAUGGCGAUAAGUGCACGGGAUAUAUUCCCGCUAAUUACAUUGCCAGGAAGGAAAGUAUAAUCGCAGAACCCUGGUUUGCUGCGAAACUGAGCCGAUCUAACGCAAAAGGUAUCCUUUCCACGCAGCCUAUAACUGGGUCCUUCCUCAUCCGUGAAAGCGACAGUCAAGAAAGUGCAUAUGCACUCUCAGUACUAGAUGGAACCAUUGUAAGACACUAUCACAUCUUCCAAAGCAAAUCUGGGCAGUUUUACCUGAAUGUAGCCAAUCAAUUUUCCAGUCUGAAAGAACUGGUGGAAUACUACAAAUUAAAUAAUCUUCGGCCAGGUCUCCAGUUAACUAGACCUUGUCAGAAACAACAUCAACCAAAUAUAAGAGAUUUGUCCCAUUGGACUGUGGAUAACUGGGAGAGGCCCAGGUCAGAAUUCACUUUAACAGAAAAGCUGGGUUCGGGACAUUUUGGAGAAGUAUAUGCUGGAUAUUGGAAUGAUACUGUUCAAGUCGCCAUCAAGACAGUAGAAGUUGGUUUAAUGAAUGCAAAAGAUUUCCAUACGGAAACACAGAUUAUGAAGAGGUUGCACCAUCCACAUCUAUUAUCCCUGUAUGCAGUAUGCACGACAGCUGAUCCUUUCUACAUUGUGACUGAACUAAUGAAAUAUGGCAGUCUGCUAAAUUAUUUACGAAGCAAAAAAGGAUCCUAUUUAAACUUGGAACAUUUACUUGACAUGAUAAUGCAAGUAGCAGAGGGGAUGUUAUACCUUGAAUCACAAAAUUUUAUUCAUCGUGAUUUGGCUGCAAGAAACAUUCUGGUUGGAGAUAAUCACAUUUGCAAGAUUGCUGAUUUUGGAUUAGCCAGAUUUAUGAAGGAUGACAUGUAUGUGUCACAAUCUACUACAAUUCCAUAUAAAUGGACUGCCCCAGAAGCUAUUGAGCAUGGCUAUUUCUCUAUGAAGUCUGAUGUGUGGUCUUUUGGCAUUCUCCUUUAUGAAGUGAUAACUUACGGCAAAACCCCAUAUCCAGGUAUGAACAAUCAAGAAGUAGUGAGUAUGGUUUCUCAAGGUUACCGAAUGCCUUGUCCUAAUGGAUGUCCAACGAUGCUGCACAAAGUCAUGUUAGACUGCUGGGAGAAAGUAGCAUCCAACCGCCCAUCAUUUGCGACGUUAAUAAGUAAACUGCUAGCCUUCAACAUAAAUCAUUUAUGUUAAGCCAGAAAUGUGAAAAUUAAAGCAACUGUUGAUUCUGAGAUAAAAACAGAAAAUUCUCAGCAAUACUCAGCA